UAAACUGAUAAUAUUACUUGUUUGUGAUGGCGUGUGAUGAUAUUGAAUUUUUGUUACUUAUUCGUCAGUAACGAUAUGAUAAUGCCAGUUUUCUAAUCUAUUGAACGAUUUUGAAAGAUAUUCGCCUCAAUUAAAGAAAAAAAAUAAAUAUAAGUUACAACGUGACACGUGAAAGUAUACUUUUUUAAUAAAACGAUCUGUCAUAUAUUUAUUGUAUAAACGAACCACUUACAACGAAUAUGAUCAAUUUAUAAUUUUAACUGUUUAUUUAUGUAAUUCUAAUAUAUUUUAUUAAGGAUAAUAAUUCAUCAUGAAGGAAGAAAUCGAAAAUUCUUGUAAUUCAGAGCUACCAGCGGUAAUUGGAGCAUUAUUAGACACAUUAGAUGAUAAAUCAGUAGAUGUCAGGCAAUCGGUAAAUGGAGCAAUUAAAACAAUAUCCGAACAAAAUCCUGAAGUUGUAAUUCAUGCAGCUGUAUAUUUUUGGGAACUCCAUAGAAAGAUAUCUUCAGAACAUAUGGCUUCUUUACUAACAGUGAUGUCUGAAACAUGUCAAUGUCAUGGCGCAAACUUGAAUACAGAUUUAGCAUCGUCAGUUGCAGAAUUAGCUGUAAAUGAACUCUUUGGCAAUGCUGAAAAGGAAGCAGUAGAAUUAUUAAUUUCAUUGAGUCAAGUACAUUGCACACAGGCAAUAGGUGGCCUGUUGACUAAAUUGGAACCUGGAAUACUACCAUACCCUACAGUAGUUCGUACUAUAGGAAUGAUUGCAGAACGUAAUCCAUGUGCAAUGAUAUCUUUCUUCAAAAUCACAUUAACUAUUAUGAUCCCAAUGUUAAAUCAAACGCGUGAUGAGAUAUUAAAACAAGCAUUCUGCCUUACAUUUGGAAAAAUUGCAGAAGCUAUAAAUGAUCAUAUAUUAAAUUUAGACAAAGAUUCAAGCCCAGAAAUUAGUAAAGAAACAUUUAAAGAGGAAAUAUGUUCUGCAUUUGAUAUAUUAACAUUCAAUUGGAUAAAAACAUCUAAAGAUUGUAAAAGUGUGGAAGCAGUGUUGUCAGCAAUUGUAUAUAUGAUACCAUUACUACCACAGGAAGUAGAUUGUGAAAGAAUCAUAAAGUUAACACCCAUGUUGUUGAAUUUUUGUAAAAAAGUUAAUACACGUUUAGCAGCAGUUAGAGUUUUAGCAGUGGUCUUAAGUUGUGCCACAGAAAAUGAGAAGGAAGCUCUUCGCUCACUUUUAGAACAUAUACAUCAAGUUUUAUCUGAAUUAGUUUGUAUAAUUCCAUUUGAAGCAUCUCGAGAUGUACUUCUAACACAUUAUCAAGUGUUACAAUGUUAUAGAUCAUUGAUUAUAUUAUAUCCAGAAGAAGGCUUAGAGAGAAUCUUACAACAAUUGAAGUCUACAUCAGUAUCACAAAAGGCACGGGUGUUGGUAGUUCUUAAACAUCUUAUUAAUACACUUCCAUCUGAGGAUGAUACAACUUUACAACGAAUUGCACUUAGUUUACAAGACUCAUUGGGAGAUAGUAGUGCAUUGCAAAUGGUUGGAGCUAUUGUGACACUUGCAGCACGUCCUACAGUCCCACUUUUACCAUCACAAAGAGCAAUCUUUGUUCGUUACAUGAUAACUCAUUGUGGUGUAAAGAAUGAUGAAUCAGAGGCAUACGCAGAAGCAUUACAUUUGCUUGCAACCACUGUAGAGGGUGCAGAAUCUUGGUUAUGGCCUUGUCUAAUACGUGCUUUACUGGAUCCAGCUUGUGUGUCGUCGGUAGCAUCUAUAUUGCGUGCUUUAGCACCUCUAGCAGUAAAAAUAGUUAAUAAUGGUAAUUCUUCCAUUAAUCAACGAGAUUUUCCUGGUACAAAAAUUCUAGGCAGAUGUUUGGAAUUGCUUAGAGAUGUACAGAAUCGCCUACCCAUUGUAACAUUCCUAAAAUGUGCAGCACCUUUACUAGGACACCAACUUAUGCCAUAUUGGGAUGAAAAGUUAAAGGAAAUUACACAAUUUUUAAGAGAUGAUUUUUCUGUUAAUAUCAAAUUUAUUGAACAGCGGAAUCUCAACUGGGAAGAGAAAAUGGUAGAAUUUUUAGAAGAGAGCGUAAAGUUAGAAGGAGAAGCAUGGAGCUUAAAACUCGCAGAUGAAUUAGCAGUAAAAGCUAGUAUACCACAUGUAGCACCUUUGUUAGCAUCAAUGUGUAGUAGUAAUGCUCAUAUAACACUUCUUAUUGAACUCGCACGUUCUGACGUAUCCAAUGAAGAAUUUGCAAGAGCAGUUGGAAUUUGUUCUAAACGACAUUUGGAUGUUGUAAUAAAAUUAAUGGAAGAAGCUUGUAUGGCAGAAAAUACUAGAAAAAUUCCUGUAAGAUUAUUAGGUUUUGUUAAAGAUUCAAAAGCUAUAGCCACAGCAGAAGCAGCGAAAGCUGGCCUGUUAAGAUGUUAUGCUGAGAUUGCACAAAGGGGAGAUGUACAAAAAUUGUAUCCAUCAUUGGAAAAAAAUAUAUUACCAUGGAUUAUACGACAGAUAAAUGAUUCCAAAGAGUUAACUACUAAAGAAGUUGGAUUAUUAGCGUUAGAACAGGUUGCCAAUGCUGUUCAUCCUAAUAGAUUUGAAAAACCAGCUGAAUUGCAUGGAAAAAGUAGUGGACUUGCAAUUUUAUUAGGAAUUUUGCAAACAUCAUCAGGAUAUAGACCACUACAACUGUACCCAAAAGUAUUGAAGACUAUAGUGUCACUGGUACGUAUACCACCACAAUUGAAUUCAGAAGAAAGAGGAAUUGUACUGAGCACAAUUUUGGAUAAAGUUAUAGGUGCCAGUACAGAGGUAAUUCUAUUGUUACAGUCAGAAUUUAUGCAGCAGGUAAUAGAUGAAUUAGGAAUUGUAUGUAGUGAAAUUGUAUCCGAUUCUGCUGAUGCAUUAGCUGAUCUUAUUGACAUAAUGUUACCGUGGAUGCAAUCAAAAUCAACCACUGAAAGAAAAACUACCUUAUUAGUAUUAAGGACAACUCUUAGAUCAUACUAUAAUUCUUUAAAAUAUACUUAUCCUGGUGGUAAAUUAGAACCAGGGAGGCUUAUGGGAAGAGUUUUAUCAUGGUGUGCAGAUUCAGAACAUUCGCUUAGACCAAUAGCAAUAGAUUGUGUAGCAUUAUCAUUAAAUAUUGGAGCUCGACAUCGCGCUUUAUCCCCUGAUAAUAAUUUAGACAAAGACUUACAUAAUUCCAAGAAAAUUAUUGUUGGUGAAGACCCAAAAGCUUGUUAUGAUGGCAUUAAAAUUUUAGCUACAGCUGUAUCUGAAAGAAUUAAUAGUGGUGACAUUAUCAGCCUAGCAGAAGGUUUAAUAGAAGGUUUGUUAUUUCGUGGAGAAGCGAGUUUUGCUGCAAGUAUAGCUCUGUCCCAACAUUUUAAAAUUAAGGGAUCAGAAAUAUCUAUAAGUGAUAUUACCUUAGUUGAUAGUAUUAUUGCACAAAUGAAACAGAUGGAAGAUAGUAGUUAUAGAAGAAAUACUGCAAUUGCUAUUAAAUUCCUAAUGGAACAUCAUCCUGAAGAAGUAAUCGAACGACUUUUAUGUCAACCACUGCCAUUAGAUAGAGGCAGUGAAGAAUGUUGGAAGGCACUUGGUGUUAGUUUAGAUUUAGGUUCUCGUGCUUUGGAAUUCCUUCUGACAAAAUUAGCAAACAAUAAUUUAUUUGCGGAAAAUGCUACUGUACAGACUGCUAAAAAUGGUAUAGCAUCUUUUCCAUCAUUGGCAGCUAUUGUAGCUCUACGACAUUUACUACAAUCUCCAAAUUCAAAAGAACUGGUUAAUAAACAAUUAUCAAAUCUAUUAUCAGUAUUAUUGAAAUAUCUUGCAGGAUGGUUACAUGUUGAUGCUCCUGUAUGUGUUAUUAGUACUAAAUUCGGUUAUGUGCCAAAUAGAGAAGGAUGUAGGAUAAAUCCACAUACAGAAGCUUAUUCUGUAUUAGUCAAUGUAUUAACUGUAGUAGAUUCAAAUAUAGCAUCAAGUUUACUUAAUGAAAAUAUCUUUUCCUCUGAAGCACAAGCUGAGGAAAGUGUAGUGGCAACAGUACGUACAAUGAUGAGAUGUAUAUAUACGAAGAAUAAUGUAUUAUCAACUUUGACUCAGUCUUUGGGAAAAAUGAUGACAAGUACGAUUUCUGCCCAAAGAGCAGUAGCUGCAACUUUUUAUUCUGAAUUAAUAGGGAAAGUUAAUUAUGAUGUUAUAUGGCUAGAUGCAAUUAUAAAUACAUUGUAUGAAGCAAAAGCUGAUUCAUCUCCUUUGGUUCGAAAAUUAGCUACUAUUGGACUUGCAAGAAUUGCCUAUUUAGAGCCUAAACAGGUUGAUGAAUAUUUUGAUAAUUGUAUGGAUGCAUUACUUGAUGGUUUGGAAGAAUCUGCCACUGGAGAUGGAGGUAAUGAUGUGAUUUUAGAAUCACUACGUGGUCUUUCUGUACUAUUAUCAGUUCAGUUUGGGCGUUCAGUAAGUCCUCGAGUUGUACUUGCUUUAAAACCAUUUAUUGAAAAAGAAAACUGGGAAAUGAGAUUAGCAGCUAUAAGUGCCUUAAGUGCUGUAGCUUGUAGUUGGCAGAAAAUGGUUACUUCACCAGAUGAUGAUAUAAAAAAUCACCUUUUGGGUUGCUUACCCUGUCUUACUAUAAGACUAGAGGACGAAAAUGUUACAGUAGCUAAGAUAGCACAAGAAGCUUUACAUAAUACAGCAAGAUUAUUACAGUGUCAACCAUUGUUUGAUUUAAUACAUGCUUCCUUAGGACUAAAUAUCGAAUUUAAUUUUGAAAAAUUUAUAUCGAAUUUGAUACAUUGUCUACAAAAAGAACUUCCACAAAGAGCAGAAGAACUCAGAAAUGCUGUAGUUCGAGGGUAUUCAAGAUCUGAAAAUUCUAAUACUAGAGCCACAUCUGCAUUACUUUUAGGAUAUUUUGGUUCACCAAGACCAGAAGAUAUUCAAAGGUUGCUGCAACUCCUACGGGAUACAGAAAGUAUUGUUAGAAAACGUGCUGCAUAUGCACUAUCUUUAUGUUUUGUUUUAUGAUGUAAUGAAUAGCUUUUAGUAUCUUAUUCUCGCAAUGUUUAAAUAUUUUAAUGUAAGAUUAAAUGAUUCUACAUCAUGGUUGUUAUAUAGUAAAGUAUCCUUUGUCAUUUUAUCUAUAUAAAGCUUAAUAUAUAUAUAUAUAUUUAUACGAAAUUAAUAAUUAUAAAAAGUUUAUAUAUUUAUUUAAAUAAUCUAUAUAAAAGCUAUAAUAUAAUUAUAAUGUAAACACUGUGAAUAAUCUAAUGCUACUAUUAUAAAAACAAAAAAAAAGCAUUACAUUUUAUAUAUACAUUUAAAUAAUAUUAUUACAGAUAUAUUAAUAAAACAAAACUCCCUUAUUAAAAAUACUUUAUCUAUUAAAUAAUUAAACAUGUACUGUUUCAUAUAUAUAACAUUACCAACGGUGUAUGGAGUGUUGCUUGCUUAAGCGUUCAAAUAAUUACAGCAAAUUUAUAAAUAAAUAUAAUUGAUUAAUAAUAAUCUUAAUUUUCAACAAAAAAUAAAUUUAUCAUAUAAUAUUAAA